AUGGGUCAAUUCAGCCGAUUCAAAAAACCACUGCUUGUAUUUUUAACGGUAACAUUUUUAAUAUUUUGGAUACGUGAUAAUGGAUCAAAAACAUCAGCUGCUGACAGCAGAUCUGAUAUUGCACAAGCUUUGAAAAACAAUCAAAAUGUUAAAUAUCCACCAAAUUUACUAAACAGAUAUUUGUAUGGUAAUGGAGAAGGUGAUGCAAGAGUUGAUCCUACGCAAUACAUGUCUUGGUGGAAUAAACUAGUUUACAAAUUGACCAAUUGGCGUCGUGAACCUAGAAUUGUUAUAAUUUUAGCCGCAAAUGAAGGUGGAGGUGUUUUAAAAUGGAAGAACGAACAAGAUUGGGCAAUAGAAAGGCUUUCAAUCAACAAUAAAAAAUCUUAUGCUAAAAAGCAUGGUUAUGGAUUAACUAUCAAAGAUCAGACCGUUGCAAAACGUUAUUCUCAUGAAUAUCGUGAAGGAUGGCAAAAGGUUGAUAUAUUAAGACAAGCAAUGAGAGAAUUUCCAAACGCGGAAUGGUUUUGGUGGUUGGAUUUGGAUACCUUAAUCAUGGAACCAGAGUUUUCAUUGGAAGAACAUAUUUUUGACCGUCUGAACAACGUAACUUCGCGUACUUUACAAGAUUUCAACCCAUUGAACAUACCGCUCGAUAUCCCCUACGUCGAUUACACUGAGGAAUUGAAUUUAUUGAUUACACAAGAUUGUGGUGGGUUUAAUUUGGGUUCAUUUUUUAUCAGAAAUACCGAGUGGGCACACAUGGUACUAGAACUUUGGUGGGAUCCCGCUCUUUACGAACAAAAGCACAUGUACUGGGAGCACAAGGAACAGGAUGCAUUGGAAGCCCUUUACGCUAAUCAAGGCUGGAUCAGGUCACGUGUCGGCUUCUUACCAUUAAGAUCAAUAAAUUCAUUCCCACCAGGUGCUUGCUCAGAGUUUCAAGACGAUAAGAGGUUCUUCUACGACGAUAAGGAGAAGGAUUUUAUAGUUAAUAUGGCAGGUUGUAAUUUUGGUAGGGAUUGUUGGGAUGAGAUGCAACACUACACCCGUCUUUUGGAAGACAAGAAUAGGAAAUGGUUUUCAAGGUUGUUCCAUUGA